CUCUCGCGACAAGAAAUCCUGCGCGGCGCAGCCAACCGACUGCUCUACUCCAAAUUCUACACAUACUACUAUGGGAUAAUGCUCUUCCUGGGUCUAAUAUCACUCGGAACCGCACUCAUAGAAACCUGCCCCUCGAUAUUCUUUAUUGUAAUUGAAUCCAUCAUGUGUAUCUGCAUGAUGCUUGAAAUCAUAACGCGCGCGCUCGCCAUGCACUGGUCCUUUCUCACAACAUGGUGGAACUACUUUGACAUUAUAAUUGUGAUGUUCUGCGGAAUCACCCUUAUACUGUUGUCCGGAGACUGCUCGCCGGGAUCGAACUCGGAGGAGCUGCUUAAUACGGUUAUGAUUGUUGUGAGAAACGGUGCCCAGGUUUUCCGCCUACUGGCCACGUUGCGGAAGAAUCGCAGGCAGAUGGACGCUAGAGGGAUGAAUGUGGACCUGGAUGAU